AUGACUAAGCUCUGCCAAGGAUGGAGUUUUACCUCGAAUCAUGCCUCUGAUGAUGAUGGUCGGAUAAUACUAAUUUGGCGCCACCCUGCGUCAGUACAAAUCCUCCACCAGUCACGUCAAACAAUCACCUGUCAAGUCAAAUUGCCAAGUGCCCCAUUAUUGAUCUACACUGCUGUCUACGCCUCUAAUAUAAGCAGUGAGAGAACUGACCUUUGGAUCGAACUCCUGAACAUUCAACAAGCUUUCUCUCUUCACACGACUCCGUGGAUGAUUGGAGGCGACUUCAACCAGAUUGUCCACCCCUCGGAACACUCAAAUCCGGACAUCAACACAAUGGACCCGAGAAUGUUGGAGUUCAAAGAUUGUCUCACUCAAAUGGGGAUGUUCGACCUCAAGUUCCAUGGCCCCCCUUUCACUUGGAAGAAUGGCCAGCUAGAUUCCCCUAUUGCCAAAAAGCUUGAUCGAGCGCUUGUCAACUGCCAUCUUAUAGCUUCUUUCCCAAAUGGUUUAGCCUCCUUCCUUCCACCCUUAACCUCUGACCAUAGCCCUUGCCUAAUAGACCUAGCCCACCGUCUCCCCAAAGCCGGAACUAGACCCUUCAAAUUUUUCAAUUACCUGACUAAGCACCCCGACUUUCACAAAGUGGUCCUAGAGACUUGGAUUCAGGCUGGAAGCUUUGCCUCCACACUCACUAACCUGUGUUGGAAACAAAAGACUAUCAAGAACCCUCUGAGAGAGUUAAACAGAGAAAAUUUUUCUCACAUUCAAAAGAAAGUUAGUGAGGCUUACCGUUUGUUACAAGUUGUGCAGGUACAAGCUCUACAGACGCCAAACCAGCAACUUUUCAGUCAAGAGAAAGUCCUGCAUGAAAAAUGGUCCCACCUAAGAGAUAUAGAGGAGAGCUACUUCAAGCAGAAAUCGAGAAUUAACUGGUUAAAGGAAGGCGAUCAAAAUACCACUUACUUUCAACGAAUAGCUCAAACCAGAACGAGUUAUAAUUCCAUCCGAUCCUUCCGUCUUCCAGAAGGAGGCAUCUUGGAAGAUCUGAUUGAGAUGAGUCACCAUGCCAUUAACCACUUCAAAUCCAUACUUGGCCCCUCAAUCUUGUCACCAAACAAAGUCCAAUCGCCGCCUACUUGGAUCCAGUCCCUCUCUCUAUUCCGGUGUUCCCCUGAACAGCAACAAGAAAUUAUUAAAGUCCCUGCACUGGAGGAAAUCAGGAAAGUUAUGUUCAGACUGAACCCAAAUAAGUCAUCAGGACCAGAUGGACUAACUUCAGGAUUCUACAAAGCAUCUUGGGACAUCGUAGGCCCUGAGGUCACCACAGCCAUAGCAGACUACUUCUUCGAUAGCUCGUUCAUGCCAGCUUCUACAAACUCCACAAUUCUCACACUCAUCCCAAAGUUCCCAGGCGCUUCUUUGAUCACAGACUUCAGACCCAUUUCUUGCCUCAACACUCUCUACAAAGUGGUCUCUCGGCUUCUGGUGAGGCGUCUAAAACCAAUCCUGCCAGACCUUAUCUUGCCAAAUCAAACUGCGUUUGUAAAAGAUCGAUUGUUAGUGGAGAAUACGGUGCUUGCUGGAGAACUGGUUAAUGGCUUUCAUAAGGCAAAUGGAACUCGGAGAAUCACUAUAAAGGUUGAUAUAGCUAAAGCUUUUGAUAGUGUGUCUUGGGAGUUCCUAUUUAACUGCCUAGAGGGUCUGGAGCUACCUGAGAAGUAUAGAGGGUGGCUUAAAGCUUGCAUAUGCACUAUGAACUUCACAGUUGGGUACAAUGGAAUGGUUCAGGGGUACUUCAAAGGCAAAAGAGGGCUAAGGCAAGGUGACCCUCUCUCACCCUACCUAUUCGUAAUAGCAAUGAAUAGUCUAUCCCUAAUGUUAAACAAAGCGGCAGAGGAAGGAAAGUUUUCCUAUCAUCAGGGAUGCUCGGAGUCCAAGUUAACCCAUCUAUGCUUUGCUGACGACCUUCUUAUCUUCACGGAGGGAACACUGGACUCGGUUCAGAACGUACUGCAAAUUCUCCAUGAGUUCCAACAGAGAUCCGGCCUGGCGGUUAGUAUCCAGAAGUCGAGCUUCUUUGCGUCUGGUGUACCCCAAGAAGACUGCGACUUGAUAAAGUUCUCUACAGGAAUGCCUCAAGGUUCCUUGCCUGUCAAGUACCUAGGUGUCCCACUCAGUAGCAAGAAACUAAGUAUCACAAACUGCGAAGUGCUUAUCCAACAAGUCAAGACACGACUUACCUCGUGGAGUUCAAAGUCGCUAUCGUUUGCCGGCCGACUGGUUCUUAUCAAAACGGUAAUAGCUGGUAUCUCAACCUUCUGGUGCUCGUCAUUCAUCUUGCCCAAAGCUUGCAUCACGAGGAUCAACUCACUCUGCAGUACGUACCUAUGGCAAGGAAAUGUGGAAGCACAUAACACUGCAAGAGUUUCGUGGAAAACAGUAACACAAACCAAAGAAACAGGAGGUUUGGGAAUAAGAGACCUGGAAACCUGGAACAAGGCAUGCUGCCUAAAACUGAUUUGGUUGCUAUUCUUUCAAUCGGGUUCAGUAUGGGUUGCUUGGUUCAAAGCGGAGAUACUAGAAGGCAACCUAAGCAACUUUUGGACAAUCAAGACACAUAGGAGGAAUUCUUGGUUAGUAAACAAGCUAAUAAAGAAUAGGGCCGAGAUAUACCCUUGGAUCAAACUCAGAGUUGGCAAUGGAAGGAGCUCUCGAUUCUGGACAGACAAUUGGUCGCCUUUCGGCAACAUUCAAAACUUCCUCCAAGGAAACGAAUCUUCAAGACUUGGUAUCCCUUGGACGGCGACACUGGAAAGCUUAAACAGGAGAAACCGCUGGAGAUUACCACCUGCACGAUCAGACAAUCUGGUUAGUUUACACGCCUAUCUAACCAUUGUUUCACUGACGGAUCAAGAGGAUCACUAUGAGUGGGAGAUAGAGGGCCUGGUUUCUAAGAAAUAUGGAACAGGCAUAGUGUACAAGCAACUGAGACGAGACUUGGGAUUAGUACCUUGGGCUAAGGUGGCAUGGUGUGUCGGAGGGAUCCCCAAGCACAAUUUCCUGGCAUGGCUCCUCAUUCUCAAUCGUUGCCCCACCCGAGAUAGAAUCCUGGGAUGGGGAUUACACACUCCGGCAAACUGUCUACUUUGUAACACAAGUUUGGAAAGCAGAGACCAUCUCUUCUUCGACUGUCCGGUAACUUGGCAAAUCUGGAGCUCAAUGGCUACAAGAUGCAAUCUCCAGCCGGCUCGGUCCUGGAAUGACUCGUUGGGGCAAAUGCAAUCGCUCACGAACGGAAAACUGUGGAAGCGGCUAUCACUAAUCACUUGGCAGGCUACACUCUAUUGGAUCUGGUCAGAAAGGAAUGGAAGGCUUCACCGUGGAAUUUUCAAUUCAGAGGACUCCAUCACUCGAUCCAUAGACAGACAGGUUCGAAAUCGGAUUGCAAGCUAUCGAGAAAACAACACACAUCUGGCAUCGAAACUGUUGCAACAUUGGCUCUCAACUGAUCCUUCCUCAGUGCAUGUCUCGGCGUGA